AUGGUUUGCAUGUACGAAGGCAUAUCAGAGAGGCAGCGGACACGGAAAGAGUUGAGCGCAAACGCCAAUGUUCAAGACCCUCUGCCAUCUCCGACCUCGCCGAGGAAGAUAUUUGGAGCAGCAUAUACUGGAGAUGAUCUCCGUUUCUUUCACCAUUUUUUGCUGGUCGCGCGGCCACACCUCCCGUUUGGAAGCGAGGGGUCCUGGACCACGCAGGUUCCUACUUACGCUCACGAGUGUCCUCACUUAAUGUAUGCAAUCCUCGCUCUCGGCGCAACGCACUACGCAUUGAUCGCACCCAGCGGAUCUCAAUACACACCAAUGGCGAUUGCUCAUCGCGGAAAAGCCCUCCGGCUGCUCGGCACCGCGCUAUCCAAUGGAGACAGCUGCUCGGAUACAGAGAUGGAUGGUAUACUAGCUACAUGCUACACGCUGGUGUUCCAAGCGUACUACAUGAGCGACGGACUCGUCGAUUUCGCCGUCAUGGUUCGGGGAUGUGCCACGGUGACGAACCAAAUCCGGGCGCGAUACAACAAGAGUCGGAUGUUUGCUCUACAAUCGCAAGAAGAGGUUUCUGCUAUGGUUGGUACAUGGCUACCGACGGAGCCUUUGGCGAUUCAGGAUACCCUCGUGUUCUGCAUUGAGGAUCUCGAAGAACUACGGCCACUACUUCAGAGUCCGGCCCAUCAUUCUUUCUUUCAGGCUAUUCGAAAAACGUACAUCGCGCUGCAGUACUCGCCUCAGGAAGCGUUCUUUGGUUUGACCGAGAUUUAUGCCGUUUGGUAUAAUAUGGAGAAUCUUGAGUUCAUGGCUUUUAUUGUUCCGGGUAACCACGUCUCCUAUGCUCUGUUCGUGCAUUAUAUCGCUGUCGAGAUCCUGAUGCGGCCGCUUCUUGUCUAUGCUGGUGGGUGCCGCGAUAUGAGUUACCCAGUUGGUACGGUGAUUGUACAUCAAUGGGCAGAUGCGAUAUAUCAUAAACUGCCGAUUUCGAUCCGUCGACUGGUGAAGGGACAGGCUGGGUUGAUUGCGUCUGAUAGAGACAGCCAAGUGGGAUUUCGCGGAGGUUAA